CUUCACACUAAACAAUUCCCCAAACAGAACAUAAUCUCUCUCCCAAAAAUUCCACCCUCCCGCCAAUUCCCCCUCUCUUCUUUUCAAUUCCCCGCAGAUGCCCAAACCCUAAUCCCCAAAUCCCUUCAGUCAUUCACUAACUUACUCCCACAUUCACUCAAAUUCCGAAUCUAGGGUUCCCCCUACUUCACGAUGCCAUCUCUCCCGUCCCCGGCGGGGAGAAUCCACCGCCUGGAAAUGGAGAAUUUCAAGUCCUACAAGGGCCACCAAGUAAUCGGCCCCUUCUUCGACUUCACCGCCAUCAUCGGUCCCAACGGCGCCGGAAAAUCGAACCUCAUGGACGCAAUCAGCUUCGUCCUCGGCGUCCGCACCGGCCAACUCCGUGGUGCGCAGCUGAGGGACCUCAUCUACGCCUCCGACGACAAGGAGAAGGAGCAGAAGGGACGCAGGGCAUUCGUUCGGCUCGUCUACCAGCUCAACAACAAUAACGGUAGUAACGGUUCGGACACCGAGAUCACGUUCACUCGAGCCAUCACCAGCGCCGGCGCCAGCGAGUACCGAAUCGACGGUAACGUUGUCACUUGGGAUGUUUAUAAUGCCAAGCUUAAGUCCCUUGGGAUACUUGUCAAGGCUCGCAAUUUUCUCGUCUUUCAGGGUGAUGUAGAAUCCAUUGCAUCAAAAAACCCAAAGGAACUUACUGCCCUUCUCGAGCAGAUAUCUGGCUCUGAUGAGCUCAAGAGGGACUACGAGCAAUUUGAAGAAGAAAAGGGUGCAGCUGAAGAAAAAUCAGCACUUGUCUAUCAGAAGAAAAAGACAGUGGUGAUGGAGAGAAAACAGAAGAAAGAACAAAAAGAAGAGGCAGAGAAACAUCUCCGACUGCAAGAACAACUGAAAUCUAUAAAGAAAGAACAUUUCCUGUGGCAGUUGUUCAAUAUAGAAAAGGAUGUUGCUAAAACAAACGAGGAGCUUGAUGAGGAUGAAAAACGGCGUAAAGAAGUUAUGGAAGAACUAGAAAAUUUUGAACAUGAGGCUAGUAAAAAGAAAAAGGAGCAGGCUAAAUAUCUGAAAGAGAUUGCGUUACGUGAAAAGAAAAUUACGGAGAAAAGUAGUAGACUUGACAAGAGUCAACCUGAGCUCCUCAAGCUGCGGGAGGAGAUUAAUCGUAUAAAUUCAAAAAUUAAGAAAAGCAAUAAGGAGCUUGAAAAGAAAAGAGCAGAACGGAGGAGACAUGCUGAUGAUAUAGAAGAGCUACAGAAGGGCAUACAGGAUCUUACAGCAAAAAUGGCAGCCCUACAAGAAAGGGGUCGAGAUGUUCGUGAUAAACUACAGUUAGAUGGUGAUGACUUGGAAGAAUAUUUUCAAAUCAAGGAAAAAGCUGGAAUGAAAACUGCAAAGCUAAGAGAGGAGAAAGAGCUUCUAGAUAGGCAGCAGCAUGCUGAUAGUGAAGCUAAAAAAAAUUUGGAAGAAAAUCUUCAACAGUUGGAAAACAGGGUGUCUGAGUUGGAUUUGCAAGAAACACAGAUGAAGACAAGGCUUAAAAAAAUUCUUGGUGGUUCUGAAGGAAACAAGAAUGAGCUUGAGAAACUGAAAAAGGAACUGCGUGUGAUGGAGGAGAAACAUCGUGAUUCUAGGACUAAACAUAAAAGCUUGGAGCUAAAAAUUAGUGAAAUAGAAAAUCAGCUACGUGAAUUGAAGGCUGAUAGAUAUGAAAAUGAGAGAGAUGCUAGGCUGUCUCAGGCUGUGGAGGCUCUGAAACGCCUAUUUCAAGGGGUCCAUGGCCGCAUGACUGAUCUUUGCAGGCCAACACAGAAGAAGUAUAACCUUGCUGUUACUGUUGCUAUGGGUAAAUUUAUGGAUGCAGUUGUAGUUGAAGAUGAAAAGACUGGAAAGGAAUGCAUCAAGUAUUUGAAAGAUCAAAGGCUUCCUCCUCAGACAUUCAUUCCUCUGCAAUCAAUUCGAGUGAAGCCAAUCAUGGAAAGAUUGCGCACAUUAGGGGGUACAGCGAAACUGGUUUUUGAUGUGAUUCAGUUUGAUCCUUCCUUGGAGAAGGCAAUUCUCUUUGCUGUGGGAAAUACUCUUGUUUGUGAUGAUCUUGAGGAGGCAAAAGUUUUAGGCUGGAGUGGUGAGAGGUUUAAAGUUGUGACUGUGGACGGAAUUCUGCUGACAAAAUCCGGCACGAUGACUGGUGGCACUAGUGGUGGAAUGGAAGCAAGGUCAAAACAGUGGGAUGACAAGAAAAUUGAAGGACUUAACAAAAAGAAAGAGCAGUAUGAAUCAGAUUUGGAAAAACUAGGAUCAAUAAGAGAUAUGCACCUCAAAGAGUCUGAAGCUGCUGGCAAAAUUAGUGGACUCGAGAAGAAAAUCCACUACGCUGAUAUUGAGGAGAAAAGCAUCAAAGACAAGCUUAGAAAUUUGAGCCACGAAAAAAAGAACAUCAAAGAAGAAAUUGGUCGUAUGAGUCCGGAACUCCAGAAGUUAAGAGAUGCUGUUGAUAAGAGGAAAUCAGAAAUAAGUAUGCUCGAGAUGAAUAUAAAUAAAAUAACAGAUGGGAUUUACCAAGAAUUUAGCAAGAAAGUUAAGGUUGCAAAUAUCCGUGAAUAUGAAGAAAACCGACUCAAAGAUGCUCAGAGUGUUGCGGAAGAGAGGCUAGAUCUGAGUAGCCAAAUUUCAAAAUUAAAAUAUCAAUUGGAAUAUGAGCAAAAUAGGGACAUGAGUUCAAGAAUUCAAGAGCUAGAAUCAUCCCUGGAUACUUUACAGAAUAAUUUAAAACGGGCACAGAACAAAGAAGCUGAAGUAAAGUUGGCUACCGAGAAUGCUACCGAAGAGAUUGACCAGCUUAAGAAAGAAAUAAAAGAGUGGAAAUCAAAGUCGGAAGAUUGUGAGAAAGAAAUCCAAGAAUGGAAAAAGCAGGCUUCGUCAGCCACAACAAACAUAUCCAAACUUAAUCGUCUGAUAAACACCAAGGAGGCACAUAUUGAGCAGAUGAUUGUACAAAAACAGGAAAUAUUAGAUAAGUGUGAAUUUGAACAGAUUAGCCUUCCAACCAUAUCUGACCCGAUGGAUACCGGCACCUCAACCCCAGGUCCAGUUUUUGAUUUUGAUCAGCUAAGCAGGGCACUGAAAGAUAAGCACUCUGACAGGGAUAAAAUUGAGGUGGAAUUUAAACAAAAAAUGGAUUCCUUGGUAUCUGAAAUUGAGAGAACAGCACCAAAUUUGAAGGCAUUGGACCAAUAUGAGGCUCUUCUUGAAAAGGAAAAAGCUGUAACUGAAGAGUUUGAAUUGGUGAGGAAAGAAGAGAAGGAGAAAGCUGAUAGAUUCAAUUCAGUUAAGCAAAGGAGGUAUGAAUUGUUCAUGGAUGCUUUCAACCAUAUAUCGGGCAAUAUAGAUAAAAUUUACAAACAACUCACAAAGAGUAGCACACAUCCGCUGGGUGGAACAGCAUAUUUAAACUUGGAAAAUGAAGACGAUCCUUUCCUACACGGCAUCAAGUACACUGCUAUGCCCCCAACAAAGCGCUUCCGUGAUAUGGAGCAGUUAUCUGGUGGGGAGAAAACUGUUGCUGCUCUUGCUUUGUUAUUUUCCAUCCACAGCUACAAGCCUUCACCAUUUUUCAUAUUGGAUGAAGUCGAUGCUGCAUUGGAUAACUUGAAUGUCGCUAAGGUUGCUGGAUUUAUCCGUGCAAAGUCUUGUGAAGGAGCAAGGGUUAGCCAGGAUGCUGAUGGGGGCAACGGUUUCCAGAGUAUUGUGAUAUCACUGAAAGACAGCUUUUAUGACAAAGCUGAAGCCUUAGUUGGUGUUUACAGGGACUCUGAAAGAGGUUGUUCGAGGACUCUCACGUUUGAUCUGACUAAAUACCGUGAGUCAUAGAAUCCAUCCUUAAGCUACAGAUUACGGUUGAUAAGUAAGCUCCCUGCUAUGUACAUAGCUAGGUUGCAUGUUUAAUUUUUAAGGUGGUUGAACUUGCUAUAUGUAUCUAUGUUUCUGUUGUUUUUGUCUAAAGCCUUCAUUCCACUUAUUUUAGGUUCAUGUCUAAAGUUAUUGUAUAUAAGACUACAUUAGCUGCCGUUUGGACCAUUAGAAAUGCAUGUAGAAUACAAUUUGUAGAUGAACAACAGCUUCGUUCUUAAAAUUUAUUUCCAUUCA